AUGACGGAGUGCCGCGUGUCAGCGGAGGUAGGCGACAGCCCGUUCUUGGUUAAGUCGCACUACACCUUCCAGACGGAAUCUGAUCUGCACCUUGUGAUGGACUUUCUGAAUGGUGGAGACUUACAUGACCUUCUGGACCAUGAACAGAAACUUCCAGAGGACGAUGUUAAAUUCUACACAUCGAAGAUCGUCCUCGGUAUCGAACACCUGCACAAAUUCGGUACCACGAACGUGAUUAUCAACGUAGAUGACAACCUUAUCGACAAUAUGAUCGGGAAGCCUUCCGUGAUUGUAGCCCUCGGGAUCCAGAACCUAUGGAAGAAGCAACUCAGGACCAAAUCAGAGACCUCAAAUGGAUCCGCAGGCUUCACCCCCCCAAGAACCGGAAAGACCUUCUUGGCCGAGGCUAUUGCUGCAGAGGCAGAAGAUUCCAAAUUUUUCUGUAUUAGAUCGUCAGACCUGACGUCCAACUCAGUUGCACACUCAGAUACACUUGUCACAGGGUUAUUUGAAGAUGCAAGACAGCAUAGACCAAGUGUCAUUUUCUUUAAUGAAGUGGGUUGA